UGGCCCGAUCACUUGACGACCACGUCUUCCGCCUCUCCUCCUCUUUAGCGAAACCGCGGAACGACGCACGGCGAGGGGGAUGGCGAGGAGCGUGUCGUACGUGUCGGCGGCGAAGCUGGUGUCCAUGGCCCGCGGCAACCCGCGCCUCGCCAUCAUCGACGUCAGGGACGAGGAGAGGAGCUACCAGGCGCACAUCGCGGGCUCGCACCACUUCGCCAGCGGCGGAUUCGCUGCGCGGAUGCCGGAGCUGGCGCGGGCCGCCAGCGGAAAGGACACCCUCGUCUUCCAUUGCGCGCUCAGCCAGGUGCGAGGUCCAUCAUGCGCUCGGAUGUUCUCAGACUAUCUAUCGGAGGCCAAGGAGGAUUCAGGAAUACAGAACAUCAUGGUACUGGAGCGUGGGUUCAAUGGAUGGGAGGUUUCAGGGCAGCCCGUUUGCCGCUGCACCGAUGCUCCUUGCAAAGGGACGUGCUUCUGAACUUUGAGAGUUGGAAUUGCGCUAAGGUCCCGAACGAUCAGCACGGUAUCCAUUUUUCUUCUCGGUUACGUAACCUCAUUAAUAUAAUAGCACAGGACAGUUUAUUGGGUCAGUAAUGCCAUUUUGUGGAAAUCUCUAUAGAAGAACAGAGAGGGAAAUGAUGCAACGCAAGUCGUAUUGCUCAUCAGUAGUGUAUUUAUACAAGUACAUGAGAGGCCAAAGUGUCAGAUACAAACAUUCCACGGUGUAUUGACUAUCGACUCAUUUCAGCUCCAUUGGAUAUUGUUUUGAUUCCACACGUGCCCUGUAGUUUUGUACAUUAAACUUAAACUGCAAUCGUACCAUUCUGACUCUUUUUUUCUA